AUGCCAAGAACUCUUGGAUCGAGUAGGCAUUCAGCAUCAGGUGAUCUUGAUAAGAUAUUAGCUCAUCCGGCUCUAGACUCGUUGUCUCCACAAAACAGCCAGCCAAUAGUUGCACUGUUGCCAGAUGGGAGGGAAAUACAAUUUUUUUCCUAUGCCCAAGACAACUUGAUCUACACGAUCGUCAGGUUCCUCGAUAACAACCAUUGGGCAAAUGUCCAUCAAUCGAGAUCAGGUGGUUCCGUCGUCAUUCAAUUUCAGGGCCGAAGACGGGAAAAUAUUUCUUCAAGUAGUCGACACGGGAUAAUUGACACCGGCAUCAAUGAUUGUGAGCUCCUCAACAAAAGAGGCACAGAGGUAUCAGCCAAGAUAACAAAGCUUGUUUGUUAUGUUAUGUUAUUCAGCCCUACAUCAUAUGACUUCGGCUCGCUUCUCCAUCCACUAAAGGAUUUCGCAGCAAUGCCCCUCGAUCUGAAACGAGUUCCACCUCUUCCUUUCUCUAUCUUAGAGUAUCGACGGCUGCCCUCGAUGAGAUCAUCGCCGAGAACUUUUAUCCGGGAUUUUCGUCUCAGAUUGCGCCUCUUGUUCAAAUCUAGGCUGCUGCUGAAGAAAGUAGGGGGUUCUGUAUCAAGCAUAUAA